AAUGAGCUUUGAACGUUAUCAUCCCUCUAAACUCAACAUGGAAUCUAGCAACAACAAUCAUCAUCACAAUGGCAAUAGCCAUGUACAUGUAAAGUAUGCUCCCAUCAAAAUCAUUCACAACGAUAUUGUGAAUAAUGAAGAAAGACGCAAAUACCCUUAGUUAAAUCUACGCUUCCAACUUUCUGAUGAAUCCAUCGUAAUUAUCUGUCUUGAAGUAGACUCGCCAAGAUCCAACUGUCACCAUCCCUCUCAGCUUUCUACAGCAAUUAAUUUAAUAGGCUUAUUCCAAUAAACAGUUGAGGGCAAUUAAUAAUCCUUCCUUCCGAGUAGAAGAGAAUAGAAAUGAUGCUGUCGAGGAACUAAUCAAGUAGAUCCAAAUUUAAUAAAAAGGAUUUUACCCAAUUGAUGGUAUAUAAUAUAGUUAUAUUUUUAUAAUAGAAGAAAAAAAAAUAUAAAAUGCUCUGAUCUAAAAUUAAAUGAAUUUUAUUUUUUCAAAUGAAGAAGCCAUCUAAAUCAUUGACACUUAUUUUGCAGACAACACUAAUCUAAAGCCCCUCUUCAAUACAUGGCUAUCCUAACUAGAAUUAAAGGCCAUCUAAGAAAUGUUAAUCCUCUGUCAUUCUGAUCCUAAAGGAUAAUAAUACUCAGAUCUAUUUAAAGCCUUAUUCUAAAAGUUGUCAAUUGAAUUUUAUCAAAAACAUGCUUAUGCUUAUGUCUUAAGAAGUGAUCAACAAGAAAAAUAUAAAUACUUAUCUUAAAUUGGAGAAAUCUUAAAUAAAAUAACAAAACCAUAAGAAUAUUAUUAUUUUAAGCAGUGA